AUGCGCUCCUGGCUUCGACUGCUCAGUCUAACCCGGGGCUCCGGAAAGCUGGAGUGGGUGGGCCACUCCGAAUCAUGCCACGCGUGGAACCGCCGCGCCCGCCGAGCGGCGAAGGGUCUGGUCCGGAUUUGCCUUUCGCCGGAGCCUCCUUUCCUCCGAGGGUCUCCUUCUCCUGAACCGGUGCCGCUUAAGAUGGAUAAGAACGAGGAGCUGGGUUCUUCGAUGGGCGAACUCUCUCCGAGAAAUUGUACCGCUGCGGUCAAUGCGUGUCAGAUGGAACCCAACGUCACCUAUGUGGGUUUUUACCUCCAUCACCCCCUUGUUGCUUCUAUUUUCAUCGUCUCCUACCUCUUCAUCUUCCUUCUGUGCAUGAUCGGCAACGGGGUCGUCUGCUUUACCGUUCUGCAGAGCAAGCAUAUGCGCACCGUCACCAAUCUCUUCAUCUUGAAUCUGGCGGUCAGCGAUCUGCUGGUGGGCGUCUUUUGCAUGCCCACCACUCUCCUGGACAACAUCAUAACAGGAUGGCCUUUUGGAAGCAUUGCCUGCAAAAUGAAUGGCACCGUUCAGGGAAUCUCUGUUUCUGCUUCUGUCUUCACUUUGGUGGCCAUUGCAGUUGACAGGUUCCGUUCUAUUGUUUAUCCCUUCAAACCAAAACUUACCGUGUGGAUAGCACUUAUGUUGAUAGCCAUCAUCUGGGUCCUGGCUAUUGUCAUCAUGUGUCCAUCUGCUGUCAUGCUGAAGCUAAUAGAAGAAAAGCAUUUCCAGGUCAUUCUUGGCGAGGACAACCAAACCCGUCCCAUCUACUGGUGCCGGGAAGACUGGCCCAACGAGGACAUGAAGAAGAUCUACACCACUGUCCUCUUCGCCAACAUCUACUUGGCUCCCCUGUCACUCAUCGUCAUCAUGUACGCUCGGAUAGGGAUCACGCUCUUCAACACGGUGCUCGCCUCUGGAAAGCAAGGCCACGAGCGCCACUCCGUCUACAAGAAGAAGUUGAAGGUCAUCAAGAUGCUGAUCAUCGUGGCUUUAUUGUUCAUCCUCUCCUGGUUGCCCCUGUGGACCUUGGCCAUGCUGUCCGAUUAUGCAGAACUGGACGAGGCACAGUAUAAGCUCAUCAAUAUCUACGUCUACCCCUUUGCCCAUUGGUUGGCCUUCUUCAACAGUAGCGUCAACCCAAUCAUCUACGGCUACUUCAACGAGAACUUCCGUCGAGGUUUCCAAGCUGCAUUUCAGCUGCAGCUCUGCUCCGGGGAGGCGAUACCUCGGGAAAUGUAUUCUCAACGGGCACAAAGCAAUGCGGUCUUGCCAGCCACAGUGCCCCAGCAGAUAGACCACGAUCUAUCCUCGUGCGUCGCCGGGCGGUCCACUCAAAAGGGGAACUGGGUGGACAAGACGCAGGUUUUGGUGAUGGAGAAUCUAGAACCUGCUUCAAACGACAACGGCGCUAAGCAAGACUUGCUUUGAACUACCUCAGCUGCCGGAUGGAUGUCCCGAUUCAGGGUUUCUCAACUUUGGCAAAUUUAAGAUGUGUGGACUUCCAACUCCAAGAAUUCUCCAAGCUGGCUGGCUGGGGAAUUCUGGGAGUUGAAGUUCCCACAUCUUAAAGUUGCCAAGGUUGAAGAAACACUGUCCUAAUUGAUGCAUCAGACAUAACAUUUGAGCCCCUCUGUGGGGAAAAGAAAAAUAAUUACUGGUGUUUUGAGAUCUUCUAGCUGUAUCGAAUCAUUUCUGUAUCCUACCGGUAGUCCUUUACUUACGACCAUUCAUUUUUUUUAAUUUUUUUUUUAAUUUGAUUUAUAUGCCGCCCUUCUCCGGAGACUCAGGGCGGCUUACAAUGCGUUAAGCAAUAGCCUUCAUACUUUUGUAUAUUUAUACAAAGUCAGCUUAUUGCCCCCACAAACUGGGUCCUCAUUUAACCUACCUUAGAAAGGAUGGAAGGCUGAGUCAACCUUGAGCCUGGUGAGAUUCGAACCUGCAGUAAUUGCAGGCAGCUGUGUUAAUGACAGGGUGCUCUAAACCACUGUACUACCAAGGCUCUUCGGAGUUACAGCAGCACCAAACAAAGGGACUUACAAUCAGUCCUUACACUUUUGAUCAUCAGAGCUCUCCCCCCCUCCCCCCGAGUCACAUGAUCAAAAUUUGGGCACUUAGACUAGAAUAACAGAAUUGGAAGGGACCUUGGAGGUCUUCUAGUCCAACCCCCUGCCCAGGAAGGGGUUGGCAACUGAUUGCCAUUUGUCAUCUUCCAAGCUCAUUUCUGACAAGUGAAGUCAACGGGGGAAGCAAGAUUCGCUUAACAACCAUUUAACAACCAUGGCGUCUUAAUGACCAUAGCAUAACAGGUCAUGAAAUUGGCCAAUGACUCAUUUGACAAACCCCCUCACUUAGCAACAAACGUUCCGAUUCUAACUGUGGCUGUAAGUUGAGGACUACCUGUAGUUGAUUUAUUAGAAUUUUGAGGGAAAGUAUUUUUCCAAGAUCCAUAAGAAUCAGGCGUGAUUGUGUCAUCUUUCUAUAUAUAAUGCUUGGACUAUCCCACAGAAGAAGUCUCAAAGUGCUACUGGUGGAUCCUUACAGUUGCCAUAUACUGUAUAUAAAGUAUUUUUUUAAAGAAGAAGACCAAUUUUUUUUCAAGAGAUGUUUAUACAUGAAGAGUUGGAGAUCAUCAAUUUCCAUUCAAGAGUUAGCAUAACUCUGGAUCCCUGUCAAAAUAUAAAGUCUUGGAUAUAAACACUAAAUCCAUUCCAGCAUGUGCUAACCAUAAAUUAGAGCAGAAGUGGGGAACAAUGGCUCCUUUAUGACUU